AUGCUUGAAAUUGUAAUUCACCAUUUUCCUCGCCUGCCUCUCCAGUUCUUCAAGGGCCUCGAGUCGGUCGACAAGCUCGGACCCAACGCGGCGGGCUGUCCAGAGCCCCGAUCUCUCUAUCUACCAGUCACGUCGAGCGCCCUCCCCAACACCCCUGGUGCAAUCAACGCAACACUACCGGGUGCGGCCCCUCCCGCUCUGCGACCGUCCGACAGUUUCAGUAGCUUUGACGAAGUCAUCAGUCUCUCCUAUAAACUCGACGUUCCCCUGGAGAUCCGAGCGCUUCUCCUGGCAGCUAAGGUCGCGAAACACGAGCUGUGCGCUCUAAUCACACUCUCGAUUAUGGCCACUUCCAUCCUCGCUCGACCCGGCUCGGAGUUCUCCGCACGGAACCACGAGUGGCUCAAGAAUUGCGUCCCCUAG